UAUCAAAUCAUUUGAGGACGUCACACUUGAGCCCACUGAGCGCUCUGUAAACAGCAUCUCGCCUCGUCUCUUUCACGCAAAGGUAUGCGCUUCGGAGUUUUCACAAUGCCAUCGAAUCAGAACGGUCUUUCAGAGUGGUCAAACAAUUGGACUGAAAAGAAUUGCUCGUCUGAUGACGACAUCAAUAGCUGGCAUUAUUGGUUUUUUCUCGUUUAUCGAACAUUCUUUGAAACACCAGCUAGAUUUUUGAAACUGUUACUUACAGUUGGCACUGUAGUCUGUCAAAUUUGGCUCAUGAUUGACAAAAUGGAAUAUGCGGACGUUAUAGUCGGGUAUCCUUUUGACUUCUUUUUUUACACCGUCUCGUUCUCUUUGAUGACGUCUUUAUUCUUGCUUACUUCCUCUGUGUUCUCUCGUCGAUCUUUCAAAUCAAUUCAGUCUUCCUCCUUCGUGCUGUUAUUUGAUGUGAUUGCAAGCAUUUUGUACAUUUGCACAUCAACUAACUUAUUCUUUUCGACUCGCAAUUUUAAAAAGGAGUACGACUUAUUGGACAAAACGUAUUUAAAUCCACUAAUCUGGGAUCUAUACUGCUUAUCAGCUGGCGGCUGUGUUUUAGCAGGGCUUUAUCUGACGGAUGCUCUAAUCGCAUUAAAAUACAAGAAGGUGAAGGUCAGAUAAGAGUUCUACAUUUUCUGUAAGGCUCUCGAUUCUUUUUUGUUAAUUACUAGGUGAACGCUCAUUGGAUAAGCAGAAUCAGGGGUCAAUGACUCCGAGAUGGUGAAGCUAAAAAAGAAUUUACUAACUCUCCAGGGGGCCCUUUUCAUUUUCACUUUCUUUUCCCUCUUUCUUAUUUGUUUCUCUCAAUGUACUUAACUUGUCCCAUUUUGUACAUACGUCUGUCUAUUAGUUACAUAUAUGUAAAUAUAAAAAUAAAUUUUAUGUCACUGAA